AUGGCCGUGUUUUUGGACUCUGAGUUCCCUCUGAUCAAGCAGAAGCAGCAGAAGGAGCUGGUGGAUCUGAAGAUGCUGUUUGGAGAACAGGAGGCCUUUAAAGAUGGUCAGAGUGAGAGCACUGUGUCCUCUCAGGAGGCAGACAGAUGCCCCGCUUUGAUGGAGGGCCAGAGGAAAAGGAAGAGGACAAUAUUCAGUCGAGCCCAGCUAUCUGAGCUGGAGCAGGCCUUCGCUGUGACUCCGUACCCGGACAUCACCCUCAGGGAGAGGCUGGCUGCACACACACACCUGCCAGAGAGCAAGAUACAGGUCUGGUUUCAGAACAGAAGAGCCAGAAGUAUCAAAACAGGCAGACUCAGCAGACCCACCAAGUCCGAAGGCAGGGGUCGGGGUUUCCUGGAGCCCCCUGCUGGACAUGGGGCCUCCACUUAUCCAGCCACGACCAGUCUGACAGAUAUAUUCAGGCAGGACCAGAGCCACUCCUGUGAGGAGGUGCCUCCGCUUUACUCAGACUGGAUCCAGAUUUAUAGCAACCAGGCGUCGUCCACGCCUCCUUCGUGUCCGUCCCUUCCUCAGCAGCCGCCGCCGAAGCUGCUCCAGAGCUGCUCCAAAGCACCAGACGGUCACCGCUGGGAUGAAGAGCAGCAGCUGGGCUCGAGAUUCAGCAGCUUCAUUACUGGAUCAUUUCCGCAGCCAAUCAGCAGGCAGAGUCAUCACCAUCCCUCCACGCGCUCCUACCAGGCGUUUACAAACUUCAAAACUCAGAGCCUGGCUCCACCUCUGACCCAUCAGCACAUGUAUGGAGGCAACUCUGGAGCUGGAGGACACAGCUCAGUAGACCAGGUUGUCCCUUCACACCCUCAACCAAUGUACUGGGAGGUCACUCAGGGUCAAGGCCACCGCCAUCAUCAUCAUCAUCCACAAAUAGGACCUCAGACUUCCAUGGGUUACAUCUCAGAUCUGAUCUACAAUGCUGCCAUUGUGACCAAUUUUCUUGAGUUCUGAUGACCAAUGAACAUAUUUGGACCCAUUCCUGUCCAAUUUAGCAAUUGAUU